GCCAAACAAGCAGAAGAAAUAAGAAAAAGGAUCGUAAUUGCAGAAAGAAGACGUGAGCAGAAAAAAAGCAAGGGCGAGAAAAGCAGCAGAAGACAAGUUGGGCUAGCAAGUCACGAAGCCCCCCUCAGACUCAAAGGGAAAUGCGAGAAGAAGCCCAGAAACAACUACUGUGGAGCGAAUCGAGCUG